AUGGGUCUCGAAACACCCUCGAUCGUGCUCGUCCAGGGCUCCUUUCAGACCCCACUCUCCGUCAUUCAUCCGUCGCUUCCCAGCUGCUCUAAUGUGGAGGCUGAUGACUUCCCCACCCGCACGCUGGAGAACGACGCACGCGCCAUCACCGAAGCCCUGGAGCAGCUGGUGGAAAGGGAAGAAAAGCUGGUCGUUGUUGUAAUGCAUUCCUACGGGGGCAUUUUAGAGGGGGAAAAGGGCGGUGUUUGGCAUUUAUUCUAUUAUGCUGCCUUUGUUCUACCGGAGGGCGCGUCGGUGAUGGGAACUUUUGGCGAGUCUCCGAAUAACGAUCCGAACGGUCGCUUCCGCAUCAAGAAUGGAGCAAAAACUCUCUACAGCGAUCUCCCGCACGCCGAGGCAGCCUUGUGGGAGUCGUGCCUGAUACCUCAGUCUUACUUGGUACAGACUACACCCACGACUCGCGCGGCUUAUGGGUACCUCCCGUCCACUUACCUGAUCUGCAAGGGGGACCAGGCAGCACCCGCACAGUUCCAAGAAGGAUUCGCCAGUUUGGCCAGGGCUAAGAUUGAUCGCUGUAGCGCCGGCCAUUCUCCAAUGCUGAGCCAGCCAGUCAUGUUGGUGCGGAAGAUUGCGGCUGUGGUGGACAAGGCGUCGGCAGGAACAGCCUGAUUAACUUUGAUAUCGAGGCAUAGUUAGUAUCUAUUACUUUGAGUGGCUGUCAGAUUUUACUAUAAACAGGAUGCUGACAGGAUUGAUAAGGUUCGCUUCUUCUGAUUGAGAAGCCUACCUACUAAGUUUCUGUUUUGGUAUACAUGCAUAUAAUGUAAUCGCCUUUAGCAUUAUCUGCCAGGAACUAGGAUAAGCUAGUGACUCGCUCAUCC